UCCACAGAUAUUCCACAGAUAGGAAUGCCAACACAGGGAGACGCCGAGCGUCUGAGGAAGAAAGAGUUGUAGAGAGACUGCUGCUGGAACCAGCUCUUUCUCAAGCCUAACUUCGUAUAACUCUGCUUCUCCUCUUUGUCUCUCCCCGUCGCUUAUUCUCUCGGCUUCGUUGGAAAACGGGCCGCCUGCCAGUCAGCCCGCCGGCCCACACGCCGCACCAGGAGGAGGGCUCUUCUCACACGUCAAUCCUCUAUUAUCCCCGCCUGGUCCCUCAGAGUUGGUUGGAGAGACUCUGAACUUUUUCCCCGUCUCCCUUUUGCUACGUGGUGUCCGGUGGUUUUACAAGUAAGGAAGGAUGUGGAGCCGCCGGCUGCUCCUGGCGGCGUUCUGCCUCGUCUUGCCCGGGGUGCAGGCUCAGUACGAGCGCUAUAGCUUCAGGAGCUUCCCGCGCGAUGAGCUGAUGCCCUUGGAGUCCGCCUACCGCUAUGGCCUGGACCAGUAUAGCAAUGAGAACUGGCCGGAGAGCGUCAGCUACCUGGAGGUGAGCCUGAGGCUUUACCGCCUCCUGCGGGACAGCGAGGCCUUCUGUCACCUCAACUGCAGCUCCGUCCGUAUGGAGAACACAGAGGCCGGCGCGGACGGCCAGGGGCUUCUGCCGCCUGACCGCUUCGACGGCUUCCCGGAGUUGCGCUACUUUGGGGACAUGCUGCGCAGGGCACAGUGCCUCAAACGCUGCAAGCAAGGACUCCCGGCCUUCCGCCAAUCCCAGGCCAGCCGGGAAGUACUUGAGGAAUUCCAGCGCCGCGACCCGUACAGGUUCCUACAGUUUGCCUACUUCAAGGCAAAUAACCUUCCAAAAGCCAUUGCAGCAGCACACACAUUUCUUCUGAAACAUCCUGACGAUGAGAUGAUGAAAAGGAAUAUGGCAUACUAUAAAAGCAUGCCCGAUGCUGAAGACUAUAUUAAAGAUUUAGAAACCAAAUCAUACGAGAAUCUCUUUGUCAGGGCAGUAAGGGCAUACAAUGGCGAAAACUGGAGGACUUCCAUCACAGAUAUGGAGCUGGCUCUUCCUGAUUUCUACAAAGCCUAUGAUGAUUGCAUAGCUGCCUGUGAAGGGUCCCGGGAGAUCACAGAUUUUAAAGAAUUCUAUCUUUCUAUAGCAGAUUACUACAUUGAAGUUCUUGAGUGCAAACUGAAGUGUGAAAUUGAUCUCACACCUGUCAUAGGAGGCUAUGUUGUGGAAAAAUUCGUAGCAACCAUGUACCACUACUUGCAGUUUGCCUAUUAUAAAUUGAAUGAUCUGAAGAACGCAGCAUCAUGUGUCGUUAGUUAUAUGCUGUUUGACCAGAAAGAUGAAGUGAUGAAACAGAAUCUAGUCUACUAUCAAUAUCAUAAAGACAAAUGGGGACUCACAGAUGAAGACUUCCAGCCUAGACCUGAAGCUGUUCGCUAUUACAAUAUAACAACACUUCAGAAAGAAAUGUAUGAAUUUGCUAAAGAGAAUGUGAUGGAUGAUGAUGAAGGUGAAGUAGUGGAAUACCUUGAUGAACUCCUGGAAGUAGAUGGAACACAGUGACUCUUAACAACUUUUUAAAAAUGAGUUUUAAGAAGUGAAUGCCCACCAUUGCUCCUUCACAUCUCCAUGUGUCACCUUUACUCAGGAGUUAGAAAUACCUCAGAUCUGUAUCAAGCUUGCUCAGAUGUCACUUGCAUCAUCCUGUGAGUUUUCCACCAUGCCACUCACUUGGUUUUCCUUUUUUGAAAAGUGGUUUUUUAAAAAUAUCAUUAGGUAUUUUUGAGCAAUCACCAAGCUUCUUUUUGUUCAUUCAGCUCAGCAAAUUCAUCACAACUUGGGAGAAGCACAAACAUUAGUAGAAUGUAAUCAAAUAAAAUAAGAAUUAAGUAUUUUUUAAUCUGAUAAAAUUGACGCAGUGGCCCACAUCAUACACUCAUUCAAACCAUGGCUGUUUAUAAACUAAGCACCCCUCCAUCGUCCCUCCCUUCCUCCCAUCACAUGCUGGCUUAUUAUCCCUUGUUUGUUAAUUGACAUUAAGCCAGAGUUACCUCAACAUAAUAGAACAUAAUAGGGAAUUUUGGUUUAAUACAAGCCAGGUCUUUGCACCAAAGGAGUAGAGGAGCUAGGGAGGGAGGAGUAGAGGAGCUAGGGAGGGAGGGAGGG